AUGGCGGUAUGUCUCCAUUUCCAGAAGUUCCCCUGUGCAGUUCAGAACAAGCCUCUGAAGUUCAACAUGCUGGUCAAGGUUAAACAUCCGGCUCAGCCGCAGCUCCCAGCCAAGAAGACACCUGUCACCAGCAGAGCCAAGAAGAAGACGGUCCAAGGCAAGAAGCCUGUCGCUAAAGGAGUGGCAACACCAGGUAAAUCUGUUCCUACCACCACCUCUGCCACACAGCCAGUGGUUACCCAACACCCGCGAGAUGGCGGAAGCGCCGUCCAGUCCAGUGACACCGUAGCGAAAGACUCCGACGCGACCGCCGCGGAACCCAGUCCAGUCGUCAUGGACCUGAUGACGACCAACGACGACCAAAGCCAAACCGCUGCCAAACCGGAUGGCGAGAAUGGAGAAACCAUAGCAACCGCUACCGUUCACGCUGCCACCGUUGCUGGUUCUGCACCGGUAACAUCAGCCUCUGUCCCCGUAGCUCGCCCAGUGUCUGUAAAAGGUGAAGACAAACUGUUCAACUUCAGUCCGGUAACUCAGGAGAUCCUGAAGGCCCUGGAGGCAGCACCUCCAACCAAACCAGCGAAGAAGACCACAACACAGACGGAAGGUGCAAAGAAACCACCUUCAGGCUCUGGACAACCAAAGAAGAAUCAGGGGAAGACACAAGUCUAUGGAGGAAGAGGCAGGCGCAGGGACCAUUCUUCCCCAGAAAAGAGAGACUCUUCCAGGCAUAGAAGCAGCCGGGCGGCCUCCGAGGAGGAGGAGCAGGGUCCUCCGACGUCGAGACACGGCGACUCCUCUCGCUCUUCUUCUGGCUCCUGCAGGAGCAACAGACAGGACGGCAGUCCCGCCAAGAAGAAGGGGAGGAAAGAGGAGGAGGAGAGGAGCAAGGGCCACCGUAGUAGAACUAGCCAGUCUUCUAGGAGUGAGUCUAGAGAUCAGGAGGCAGCAGAGAGCAAGGGUUUUGGCUACGUGGUGGAUGAGUUCACUUCCGACGUCAACCAUUUAAGUCAUUUUAACCCUAGUGACGCCAACCCAAUCGACCUGGACCAGUUCAACAUGGAUGAGUUUGUCACCGUGGACGAGGUGGAAGGGGAUGAGGCGGACAACGCCAACCCACCAGAAUCAUCAUCUUCAUCACCCAACCCACCAGAGCCAUCAACUUCAUCACCCAACCCACCAGAGCCAUCAACUUCAUCACCCAAUACCCAAGAUGGCACCUAUGGAAGGUCGGAACGAUCAUCCAAACGCAAGAGGGGUACCCCUGAUACCCCAAUUUCUACUAUGAAGUCAAGCCAGGAGAAAGAGAGACCCCUCUCCAAAAGCACUCCCACCCCAUCCUCUUCUACCUCUACCCCCCCUGGACAGAAGACUCCACGACAAGCCGCAACGGCCAAAAGAACGCAGGUGGCAAAACCUCAACCACCUACCACCUCCGGACGCAAGACCAGGUCGUCAGCCGCAGCUGCUGUUGUCGCGACGGAAGCCGCAGAAACCCGAGAAACUGUCACUGACGAUGACCCCGCAGUCGGGAUGGAAGCGGAGCCUCUUCCCGUGGAGCUUCUGUCUCAGCCAAUGGGGAAGCAGCCGCUGCUCAGUUGGUAGAGGAAGUAGUGGUCACAAAGGGAAGUGACAUGGAGGGUAUGUUAUCGUCAUCCGACCACAAGGUGUCAGUGUUGGGCACGGCAUUGCCGGCGAACAAGGAAACAGACAGUGCUGGGUCAGAGAUUGAUAUGGAGACUAAAGCUGAACAACCUCCAGAGGUAGACGGGAGCGAGGGGAAGGCCCAGGCUAAAAAAGGAGACUCGAUUCUGGGUAGCAAGGCUCAGAAUGAAGGCUGCACACUGGAGCUUGGCUUGACUGAUCCGUCUUCCACAGCCAAGGAGCAAGACCGUCAUACAACCCUAGAACUACAAGGGCUUGAGACGGUGUCGGGUCACCAAGUGCCCCAAUCACUUGUUGACAAAGUGCCCAAAGAAAAUGUGGGCUUACAGAUACCCAACAAAACCGUGGUGCCUGCAGCCUCUGAAUCUACGGGUUCCCAGGAGCUCCAAACUACUCUAGAGGAACACCAAGACGAAGAAGAAUCUGCUUUCCACAUCCUGGACUCUGUAGAGGAUCAGGUGACUAUGACAGAAGCUCUGGAAAACCACUCUCCUGAAUCUAAGGGUACCUCAAAACAACAGAAAGCGAGUUACAAAAAGGUUAAGUGUCAUAUUCAAAAGAAGGAUGGCAAGAAGGUAGUACAAACCCCUGAGAAGAUACAGACCCCCCCGUGGAGUCGGAGAGGGGUGAGGGAGGUACCCACAAAAAGACUAACCGUGUCACCUUGGACGAGGUGAGUGAGGAAGAGGAGAGUUACCCUGACGACGCUGCCGAAGAGGAAGAGCUAAUGAAGAAACAGAAACUGGCGAAGGAGAAACGGCAAGAGAGAGAAUGGGAGAAGGAGAGGAGUACAAAGCGGGUGAGGAGCAGAGAGAAGGAGCAGGAAUGGAAGAGGGGAGGUUCAGUGUGGAUACGGAAUGGUUGGUGACUCUGGAUGAGAUCGGAGGAGAUGGGGAUGAGAGAGGAGAGGAGGGUGCGAGGGAUCAGGAGAGUGGAAUAAAUGAGGCAGACCUUCAUGAGUUGGUCACUCUGGAUGAGAUCGUUGGCGAGGAAGGAGGGGAGGGUCCUAGCCCAGAGCCACACCCAUUCAGGCAGGAGGGCGAAUCAGGAGACUCCUUCAACACAGAGACUAUGGUGACCCUGGAUGAGACUGGAAGUGAUCAUGAGAUGGAGGAAGUGCAGCCCAAGAAGUCUCCAGAACCAGCCCAGAACACAGGUACAGGUAUCUGUCAGAUCAGAACCAGCCCAGACCCGGCACGCUGACAACACAGGUACAGCUAUCUGUUAGAUCAGAACCAGCCCAGACCCGGUACACUGACAACACAGGUACAGGUAUCUGUUAGAUCAGAACCAGCCCAGACCCGGUACACUGACAACACAGGUACAGGUAUCUGUUAGAUCAGAACCAGCCCAGACCCGGUACACUGACAACACAGGUACAGGUAUCUGUUAGAUCAGAACCAGCCCAGACCCGGCACGCUGACAACACAGGUACAGCUAUCUGUUAGAUCAGAACCAGCCCAGACCCGGCACGCUGACAACACAGGUACAGGUAUCUGUUAG